GGGCGGGCGGGCGCGCGCUGUGGCCCCGGGCUGGUGUGCGCGAGCCGCGCCGCGGGGACGGCGCCCGAGGGCACCGGGCUCUGCGUGUGCGCGCAGCGCGGCGCCGUCUGCGGUUCCGACGGCCGCUCCUACGCCAGCGUCUGCGCGCUGCGUCUGCGCGCCCAGCACGCGCCCCGCGCGCACCCGGGCCACCUGCACAAGGCGCGCGACGGCCCCUGCGAAUUUGCUCCUGUGGUCGUCCUUCCACCUCGGAGUGUGCACAAUGUCACCGGGACACAGGCGCACCUGUCCUGUAAGGUGAGGGCUGUGCCUGCGCCAGUCAUCACCUGGAGGAAGGUCACACAGUCUCCUGAGGGCACCCAGGUGCUGGAGGACCUGCCUGGGGACCACGUCAAUAUAGCUGUCCAGGUACAAGGGGGCCCUUCUGACCACGAGGCCAGGGCCUGGAUUUUGAUCCACCCUCUGAGAAAGGAAGAUGAGGGAGUGUACCAGUGCCAUUCAGCCAACGUGGUUGGGGAGGCCCAGUCCCACGGCACGGUCACAGUCACCGAUCUGAGUAAAUACCAAGCCCCUCGCUUCCCAGCUCCAGGUGACCACUUGUGA